AUGAAGCCCGGCUGCUUCGAACGCAUUUUGCACCUUGUUACUGAUACUUUACAAGAUGGUGGUCUUCAUGGUUGGAUUGCCGUGCUAUGUUUAUUUGCGGUCAAGAUAGCAUGGACUGUCUUAGCGAAAGGUAUGGGUAUGAUGUUACCUACACUACAAGAACAGUUCGUCACUUCAACUUGGUUAAUUGGCUGGAUGGUUGCUUUUGUCAACGCAGGAGGAUUUUCCUCAGAAGUCCUAGCCACACCACUAAAAGAGAGAUUUGGCGCACGGGCUGUGCUGACAGUGUGUGGAUUAGUUGCUGGUAUCUCCAUGAUAACUGCGUCAUUCCUAUCCAAUUUAUACGUCAUCACCUUCAUCCUUACCAUAUUUGCAGCCUACGGCGUGACGGGCCUUGGAGACACGUUUGCCUUCCUGAUUGCUGUGCCAUCGAUACAGCUUUUUCUUUAUACAUACGGCUGGAGAGGAACAAUGCUUCUACUUGGAGCAUUAUUAUUACAUCUCGCUGUAUUUGGAGCUCUGGUGAAACCACCUGCGGAUAGUGGGAGUCUAGAUGGUUAUGAGGCAGCUCUCACAGACGAGGAGCAAGAGACCAUGGACAAUGAUGUGGAACCGAGCAACCGCUUCGGCUGUUCUUGCUUUGCCAAAGUCUUUUCAUUAACUAGAGAUACAUUCCAGCUUGAAGUGUUCUUAUCCAUAUCCUUCGUGCUGGUUUUAUUUGUGUUCAUCGUGAUGGAACUAACGUAUUGUUCGUGGUUAAUUUACUAUGUGCAGUUGUUGUCGCCCACGGAUUAG